AUGGGAGCGCUGGAAUCAGUGGUAGCGAGUCGGAAUAUUAGUCUAAUGGUGGGUCGAAUGAGUCUGAUGUCUAAUGGUGGGUCGAAUGAGUCUAAUGGUGGGUCGAAUGAGUCUGAUGGUGGGUCGAAUGAGUCUCAUGGUGGGUUGAAUGAGUCUGAUGGUGGGUCGAAUGAGUCUAAUGGUGGGUCGAAUGAGUCUAAUGGUGGGUCGAAUGAGUCUGAUGGUGGGUCGAAUGAGUCUAAUGGUGGGUCGAAUGAGUCUAAUGGUGGGUCGAAGGAGUCUAAUGGUGGGUCGAAUGAGUCUGAUGGUGGGUCGAAUGAGUCUAAUGGUGGGUCGAAUGAGUCUAAUGGUGGGUCGAAUGAGUCUAAUGGUAAGCCUAAUUAUGAGUCGAGUGGGCCGAACGGAAAAUUUUAA